CACGAGAAGAAAAGAGAAAACUCACUCCCUUCAAAACACACCGUUUUACACAAACCCUAACUACUUCCUCCUCCUCCUCUCCCUCUCUCUGUGCAAAGAUUUUUCCAUUAUCAGUUCUCUGCAAUCAAUCGACUCAAUGAGUAGGGAUGCCAACAACCGUCGUCGUCAAGAAAAAGGCUAAAUCGACCGAUCCAUACCUUAAAGAGAAUAUCCAGAAAAAGGUCACGCAAUAAUUCGGCAGGAUGGAUUUCAAUUCCAAGGAAGGCGUGCAUAGGAAGAGAAAAAAGGCACUCGAAGCUCCUAAAGAACUUCGUCGUCCUAAGACUCAUUGGGAUCAUGUUUUGGAAGAGAUGGUCUGGUUGUCAAAGGAUUUUGAGUCUGAGAGAAAAUGGAAAUUGGCUCAAGCAAAGAAAGUUGCUUUGAGAGCCAGCAAGGGGAUGUUGGAUCAGGCCACCAGAGAAGAAAGGAAACUGAAGGAAGAGGAACAACGUAUGCGCAAAGUUGCACUUAAUAUUUCGAAGGAUGUGAAGAAGUUCUGGAUUAAAAUAGAGAAGCUGGUACUUUACAAGCAUCAGAUGGAGCUUGAUGAAAAAAAGAAAAAGGCUCUUGAUAAACAGCUGGAGUUCCUUCUAGGACAAACUGAGAGGUACUCUACCAUGUUGGCUGAAAAUCUAGGUGACAAAUCAUUGCUGCAACAUUCUAUACUGGAUCAACCCAGUAUUUCAUAUGAGAAAGGGCAUAAAUGUGAUACUAAAGAACCAGCAGAAUUAGUCGAUGCUAUUCCAGAUCCUCAGUUGGAUACUGCAGACAAUGACGAUGAUUAUGAUGUGCAAUCAGAUGAAUCAGAAGAUGAUGAGCGUACCAUAGAUCAAGAUGAAGCUCUUAUAACUGAAGAGGAAAGACGAGAAGAAUUGGCUGCUCUACACAAUGAGAUUGAUAUUCCACUUGUGGAGCUACUUAAACGAUAUGCUGCGCUGAAAGUUAGCAGAGAAAAUACUCCAGAAAGGGGUGAAAAUGGAGCCGACCUGUCAGUUGAGGAGGGAGGUCCUGCUGAGAGCAAAGAAAACAGCAUUUCUGCUGACAGUGACACUGAAAUGAGCAGCUCACCUGUCGAUACUGGUCGUCGUUGUGGUAAAGUUAAUGGUGCUUUGCUCAUGAAAGAUAACUGUCUACUGGAAACUGAGAUGGGUGAAAGUAAAAAUCAGCCUGAUACUAGUCUUGACCCUGCAAAAGAACAUGCAUUAUUUGAUUUCAACGAGGAACAGGAAGAUGGAGAUUUUGUUCUUGUUAAUGGUGAAGAAAAGGAUGACGAGACAACCUUGUCAGAGGAGGAAGAACUGGAAAAAGAUGAUCCAACUAAUCCCAAAAAUGAGAUUUUACUGCUACAAAAGGAGAGUGAAAUGCCUCUAAUAGAAUUGCUUGCCAGGUAUAACGAGGAGUUCAACAAUGAAGUAUCCGAGGAUGAAUCUGAAUAUACAUCUGCUUUAUCAGACAACUUAUUGGACUCUCCAGACAAACAAGAUGUUGAGCUGAGGCAGCAGGAUGUAUCUAUGGAUGAAAAUGUCGAACCUGGUAAAUCCUUACCAGUUUUAGAUCAUUCUGUAAAUGAACAAGAAAGAAAUGAGAAAAUUGCAGAAGAAGGAAAUGAGAGUGAGAAUAGGAUUGCUGAUGCUGCUGCUGCUGCAAGAUCUGCGCAGCCUACGGGUAAUACGUUCUCAACAACCAAAGUGCGCACGAAGUUCCCUUUUCUUAUCAAGUACCCUCUUCGUGAGUAUCAACAUAUUGGCCUUGAUUGGCUUGUCACUAUGUAUGAGAAAAGGUUAAAUGGGAUUCUAGCUGAUGAAAUGGGACUUGGAAAGACAAUAAUGACUAUUGCUUUACUUGCACACCUGGCAUGUGAGAAGGGAAUAUGGGGGCCCCAUCUAAUUGUGGUUCCAACAAGUGUCAUGCUUAACUGGGAAACAGAAUUUCUCAAAUGGUGUCCUGCUUUUAAGAUUCUUACUUACUUUGGCAGUGCAAAAGAGCGUAAACUGAAGAGGCAAGGUUGGCUGAAACCAAACUCCUUCCAUGUGUGCAUUACAACUUAUAGGCUGGUUAUACAGGAUUCAAAAGUUUUCAAGAGGAAGAAGUGGAAGUACUUGAUUUUGGAUGAAGCUCAUCUGAUAAAAAAUUGGAAGUCCCAGAGAUGGCAAACUCUUUUAAACUUCAAUUCGAAAAGGCGAAUCUUAUUAACCGGUACUCCUUUGCAGAAUGAUCUCAUGGAACUCUGGUCUUUGAUGCAUUUCUUGAUGCCCCACAUCUUUCAGUCUCAUCAGGAGUUCAAGGAAUGGUUCAGUAAUCCAAUAUCAGGUAUGGUGGAGGGACAAGAAAGAGUGAACAAAGAAGUUGUUGAUCGUCUGCAUAAUGUUCUUCGUCCAUUUAUACUUCGUCGAUUGAAAAGGGAUGUGGAAAAGCAACUUCCUAUGAAACACGAGCAUGUCAUAUACUGUAGACUUUCAAAGAGGCAGCGUAACUUGUACGAGGACUUCAUUGCUAGCUCAGAGACGCAGGCUACCCUUGCCAGUGCUAGCUUUUUUGGAAUGAUUAGCAUUAUAAUGCAACUUCGUAAGGUUUGUAAUCAUCCUGACUUAUUUGAGGGCCGUCCGAUUAUUAGCUCCUUUGAUAUGAUUGGUAUAGACUUCCAGCUGAAUUCUUCUGUAUGUUCAAUGCUUUCACCUGGCCCAUUUUCAUCUGUAGACCUUAGUGGCUUGGGGCUUUUGUUUACACAUCUUGAUUUUAACAUGACUUCAUGGGAGUGUGAUGAAAUAAAUGCUAUUGCAACUCCUUCAAGAUUAAUCGAAGAGCGUGCUAACAUUGAUAGCAUUGAAGAAAUUGGUCCUCAAUCUAAACAACGGAAAAGGUUACCUGGAACAAAUAUUUUUGAAGAGAUUAGAAAGGCAUUGUUUGAGGAGAGACUAAGAGAAGCAAGGGAGCGGGCAGCAUCUAUUGCAUGGUGGAAUUCCUUGAGGUGCCGGAAAAAACCCAUAUAUUCUACAAACUUGCAAGAACUUCUCACCAUAAAGAAUCCUGUUGAUGAUAUUUAUUGCCAAAAGGUUGAUCGGGUCUCUUAUUUGUACUCAUCCAAGCUUGCUGAUGUUAUUCUUUCACCAGUUGAACGGUUCCACAGGAUGACUGAUCUUGUUGAGUCGUUUAUGUUUGCUAUACCUGCAGCACGUGCUCCAGUACCUACAUGUUGGUGCAGUAAAACAGGGAGCUCUGUGUUUCUGCAUCCGACUUAUAAAGAGAAGUGCUCUGAAUUGUUAUUACCUCUUCUUUCACCUAUUAGACCUGCAAUUAUCAGGAGGCAAGUGUAUUUCCCAGACAGACGGCUAAUACAGUUUGACUGUGGUAAAUUGCAGAAACUUGCAGUUCUGCUAAGGAGACUGAAAUCAGAAGGUCACCGAGCAUUGAUAUUCACACAGAUGACAAAAAUGCUUGAUAUAUUGGAGGCUUUCAUAAACUUGUAUGGUUACACUUACAUGCGUUUAGAUGGGUCUACUCAACCAGAACAGAGGCAAACAUUAAUGCAGCGAUUUAACACAAAUCCUAAGAUCUUUCUCUUUAUUUUGUCAACCCGUAGUGGCGGAGUUGGCAUAAAUCUUUUUGGAGCCGAUACAGUUAUCUUUUAUGAUAGUGAUUGGAACCCUGCAAUGGAUCAACAAGCUCAAGAUCGCUGCCACCGGAUAGGGCAGACACGUGAAGUUCAUAUCUACAGGUUAAUUAGUGAGAGCACUAUCGAAGAAAACAUCUUAAAGAAAGCUAAUCAGAAGCGUGCUCUUGAUGAUCUGGUAAUACAGAGUGGAGGCUACAACACCGAGUUUUUCAAGAAGCUUGAUCCUAUGGAAUUAUUCUCUGGUCAUAAAGCUCUUCCAGCUAAAAAUGCACAGAAGGAAAAAAUUCUAAGCCAUGGAAAUGAGGAUUCUUUGUCUAAUGCAGAUGUGGAGGCUGCUUUGAAAUAUGCAGAAGAUGAAGCAGAUUAUAUGGCAUUGAAGAAAGUUGAACAGGAAGAAGCUGUGGACAACCAAGAAUUUACUGAGGCCAUUGGGAAAUUGGAAGAUGAUGAACUUGUUAAUGAUGAUGAUUUGAAGGCUGAUGAGCCUACAGAUCUAGAGAUGACAAUUCAAAAUAAAGAUAGUGGUACAGACUUGAACGCAAAGGAUUCCACUGAUGAAAGAACUCUAACUUUUGCUGCCAAAGGAGAUGAUGUUGACAUGCUUGCUGAUGUUAAACAAAUGGCUGCAGCAGCAGCAGCUGGUGGACAAGCUAUCUCAACACUUGAGAAUCAGCUGCGUCCUAUUGACAGAUAUGCUAUACGUUUUUUGGAAUUGUGGGACCCAAUUAUUGACAAAGCAGCCAUGGAAUGUGAAGUUAGGUUUGAGGAGGCAGAAUGGGAACUUGAUCGAAUUGAGAAAUACAAAGAGGAGAUGGAGGCUGAGAUUGAUGAUGAUGAGGAACCAUUGAUAUAUGAAACUUGGGAUGCUGAUUUUGCAACUGAAGCAUAUCGACAGCAAGUUGAGGCCCUAGCUCAACAUCAGUUGAUGGAAGAACUGGAAGCUGAAGCUAAUGAGAAGGAAAAUGCAGAUGAUGGUUAUUGUGAUCCAAUGAUCAGGAUUGACAUGCCAAGUAAUCCUAAACCAAAGUCGAAAAAGAAACCAAAGAAAGCCAAGUUCAAAUCUCUGAAGAAAGGAUCUCUCACUUCUGAAUUGAAACAUGUGAAAGAGGAACCAUCAGUGGAAAGUAUGUCCAUAGAGGAUGAUGCAAGUUAUCAUGAGGAAGUCUCAGCUGUGCAGAGAAAACGUAGGAGAGUUGAAACACUUGAUAUUGAAUUGGGCAAGAGCUCAAAGAAGAAGUCAAAUAAAUUAAAGAAGGCUCCUGAAACAUGCCUUUCGGAUCUAGAUUCAAAUCUGUCUGGUAAGCAGCAAGAUGAUUCUAUGGAAUCAAAACCAUGUGAGAACAUGGUUGCUGAUAUUGAGCAGAAACCAGCUGGCAGAAGCAAAAUGGGAGGAAGGAUCUCUAUCACUGCCAUGCCAGUGAAGCGGGUCUUAAUGAUUAGGCCUGAGAAGUUAAAGAAGGGAAAUGUUUGGUCAAGAGAUUGUGUUCCCCCACCGGAUUCAUGGUUGCCCCAGGAAGAUGCAAUUUUAUGUGCUGUUGUGCAUGAAUAUGGACCACAUUGGAGCUUAGUGAGUGAAACCUUAUAUGGUAUGACUGCUGGUGGAUUUUAUAGGGGAAGAUAUCGUCAUCCGGUUCAUUGUUGUGAGAGAUUUAGGGAACUAAUCCAAAGAUAUGUUUUGUCCACACCAGAAAAUCCUAUUAAUGAAAAGGCGUGUAAUACAGGUUCUGGAAAGGCCCUUCUGAAAGUCACCGAGGAUAAUAUUCAGAAGUUGUUAAAUUUUGCUACUGAGCAGCCGGAUCAUGAGUUGCUUCUCCAGAAGCAUUUCACUGCCCUGCUUUCUUCAGUGUGGAGGAUGACAUCACGCACUGAUCGCCAACCACACUUUUCAUCAUCUAGAAAUGGCCUUUAUUUUGGUGGAAGGUUAUUCAGUUCUUUCAAUCAGAUAUCAUUGAAUUCUAUGAAAGAACCUGCAAAAAGAAUGAGGAUCACUAAUUUAUCAGAGAGUAGUAGGUUGUUGGCAUCUGCGCUCCAUGAAGCCAAUAGUAGACCCAUGGAUGACACAGUCUCAAUUUUGAACAGAAUGGAGAAUGUUCCUUCUACUUCUGAACAGUUGGAAAUAACACUGGAAUUUGAAAAGGAGGAAACUGAUUCCUUGGUUCCAUUGCCACCUGUUAUAAAUUUGUCGAUACCUUUGUCCGACUCGCAAAGGUUCAUAACCAAGGAUGUAGGAGAAGAAAAUCGUAUUAAAGCCUCCAUGAAUGUGGCUGAGAGUCGAUUCAGGGAUGCAGCAAGAGCUUGCGAUGAAGGCGGUUUGGGAUGGGCUUCGUCUGCAUUCCCAGCAAAUGAUAUCAAACUGCGGCCAGGUCCAAAACCACAGUCCUUGGGAAAGCAUAAGCCAUCUCUCCCUGAUACAGUCAAGCCACCUAGAUCAAAACUGAAGAGAACUUCAGAGCACGGUGAGAUUCAUCAACACCUACUUGCCGAGCCAGUAUUCCAAUCACCACAUGCAGUGUCCCCCAGGGAUCCCAAUUUAAAGUUUGACCUUACUCCAGCUGUCCUUCAGGAUGGUUGGACGAAUGAUACAUAUGGUUAUUCUAUUUCUUGUUUCGAUAAUGAGCUUUCAUUGGAAAUAGGGAGCCUGGAAGCUGUCCCUCAUAAUUAUGUUCCUGAUUUAAUUUCUGGCCUGGAUGAUUGUUCAUUAUUGCCAGAAUUUACUGAUAUUGGGUAGGAUUAACAGAGAGACCUAAACUGCAUAUACUGAGUAGAAGGUAUUGCUGACAUUUAGAGAAGAGAUGAGGGAAUUCUGCUGUGAAUUGUGUGCUGGUUGAUGAGUACCCAGAAUCGAGCACAUGGUGGAUGAACACAACAUUAGAUCUGACAAAACAAGAGUAUGGAAGUGCAUGUCUGCCUGUUCACACAGUGGAAACCAUGUUUCCAUAUAAUUCCAUGAGAAUAUCCUUCUCCAUGACAGACGUGGAUCAGGGAAGGAUGGAUAGAUAGGUAGAUAGAUGAGAUGGGGAAAAUAGAAAUUGUAACAUAGUUUUCUUUUCUUUUUCUUCUAUUUUGGAAAUUCAAUUGUCAUUGGGAUGUGCCAAAUUUCUUGUGGCUUAGAUCUACAUAUCAAUUUUUGGCAUGGAUUCCCACAUAGAAAGGAGUUAGGAUAGGGAAGAUGGCGAUUAAUGAGAAAUUGAAUGCCUGUUUUGUAUGUGCAAAGGCUUAUGUGGGAUCAUUCUAACUUUUCUCUUGAUCAGUUUUCCAAUCGUUUAUUGGACUGCCAUAUUCACUUGAAUGUGGUCCAAGCAAAAUAUUAUAUUUGUGCAUAUAUAUAUAUAAUAUAUAGUAAAUUUCGUUUA